AUGCGCCGCCUGCACCGCCGCCUGCUCUGGCGCAUCACGCCCAGCCCCCCCCGGGAUCGCCCGCCGAUUCCUGCGCCGCCGGCGGAAGCGAACGGGCAUGCGAAGGGCGGGAGCAGGAGCGGAUCGGAGGACGACGAGAGGGAUAGGAGUGACGGUGAACGGAGGAGUGGGGAUGAGGGGAAGGAGAGGGAGCAGGGCGGAUUGGCAAACGGGGACGUGGAUGCGGCUGGGGAACGACAGAAGGAUGAAGGGCGGGAUGCAAAGGACGGCGGCGGGAAAAGUGAGGAGGACAAGGGUGCUAAGCAGGGGCCGAGCGGCGGAGAGAAAGAGGCGUUGGAGAAUGGGAAGGAAGGCGGAGAGGGCGGUUCGUCGGACGAUGAACGCCUCGCGAAAAAGAGGAAGGAGAAGCAGGAUGGAGUCAGCGCGAAAGGCAAGGGUAAGGGGCGGAAGCAGGCGGAGGAUAGUGAUAGCAGUGAGGGGGAGAGCGAUGACGAGAGUGACGAUGAGAGUAGUGAUUCGGAAGUGGACAGGCGGAAGAAGAGAGGGAAGGGGAAGAAGCGGAAGAGCAGCAGCAGCAGCAAGAAGUCAAAGCGAGGGAAGAAACGGAGUAAGAAGGAGAGCAAGAAGAAGCGGAAAGGGCGGAGCAGCAGCAAGGGCAGCAGGCGGCGACGUCGCAGCCGUCAUGACUCGUCGUCGGAUGAAUCCGAAUCGGAAUCCGAGGACGAAGAAAGCGAGAGCGGCUCGAGCGAGGACGAGUCGUCCAGUGACGCGGGCGACGAGAGCGACGGAGGGGCCAAGAAGCGCUCGAGGAAAGCGGGCAAAGCGGGGAAGAAGAGCGGAAGCGAGAAAGGCGAGGAGGAUGAGGACGACGACGAGGAAGGGGGAGGUGGCGAGGAGGACGAGGAGAUGGACCCUGAAGUGCUCUUGUUCAAGCAGUACGUGGAAGAGCAGAAGCGCGCACAGCUCGCCGCCAUGGAAGCUGAGCCUUUUGUUGGUCCCGCACCCGCGCCCAAGGCGGAGGGGCACAUCAGCUACGGAGGGGCGCUGCGUCCCGGAGAAGGAGACGCCAUUGCGCAGUACGUGCAGCAAGGGAAGCGUAUUCCCCGUCGUGGUGAGGUGGGUUUGUCAGCAGACGAGAUUUCGAAAUUCGAAGAGCUGGGGUAUGUGAUGAGUGGAAGCAGGCAUCAAAGGAUGAAUGCUAUUCGUAUCCGAAAGGAAAACCAGGUGUACAGUGCGGAGGAUAAGCGGGCGCUGGCGAUGUUUAACUAUGAGGAGAAGGCGAAGAGGGAGCACAAGGUGAUGUCGGACCUGCAGCGGCUGGUGCAGAGGCACAUGGCGGCACAGGAGGGGGGCAAAGAGGGAGGUGGUGGUGGUGCUGGUAGUGGGGAUGCGGAUGCGGAGUGA